UACGCGGACCAGACUGCACGCCUAUUCGAUAAUGUGAACCCGUGUGUUGUUAUGUGAUAUAGAUAUAUGUGUAAAAAUGACUGAGAGCACGCUAGACAUCACGGAACUAGAGAAACUAAGGUCUACAAACUCGAAUACAGGAGAUCGGAAGGAGAGAUCGGAGCACAAAUGGCAGAUGAUACUGGAGCCCGCGCUCGUGGGAGCCAUGAUAGCCAUCAACCUCGGCCAGACCUCACUACAGAACUUCUACCUGCGCACCGCCUGCACUGUAGACCUGGGGCUGUCAACAGAAGUCUGCGAGAGAGGCGUCGGAGAGGAAUUCAGAAGUGCUGAGACAGCGAGUCAAAUGGUGGUCUCCAGUGUGAACGUAAGCCGGAGUUUCGUCGGCUCCCUCCUGGCUACUGUGGUCCUACUCUUCGUAGGACCAUGGAGCGACUGUAGCGGUCGCCGGAAGCCGCUACUGAUCCUCCCACUGCUGGGCAUGUGCGUGAUGACCACUGGUGUGCUACUGAUGCUCAUCUUCCCUGGAGCCAAUACCGCCCAAGUGUUGUACAUGGUGCAGAUUCCGAUCUCGCUGGGCGGCAACUUUGGACUGCUACUUGCAGCGGCUUUCAGCCAUAUUGGAGAUCUAUGCCACUCAACCGGUAGAGACGUGACCCGCACGAUGGGCACGCACCGCGCAGCGAUACAGAUCUCGCACGUGGUGGGCGCGGUCAGCGGCCCGCUGCUGUACCGCCAUCUUGGCUUCUACGGGGUCUUCCCGCUUGUGCUCCUACUACAGGUGUCAUCACUAGUAUACGUGGUGGUGAUGAUAAAGGACGUGAACGUGAACGAGGACAACCAGGUGUCUGUGUUCAAUUGGAGACUGCCGCUAAAGGCCAUCCACUGCCUGCUGCGGCCGCGGGACGGACACAAGCGGUUCAUCAUACUGCUCAUGAUGGUGGUGGCGCUCGGAGACAGAAUGCUGUUAUCAGCGGAGGUCCUGCUGUCAUACAUGUUCUUCAGAAACAAAUUCCACUUCGACGACGUGUUGUUUGGAUCUUACCUAGCUUAUAAGAAUACUAUUAGCUUUUUAGGAACUCUACUAAUUCUGUCGCUGCUGAAGCGUCGCCUGCGUCUGUCGGACGAGGCGGUGGGCGUGCUCAGCUGCCUGUCGCUGGUGCUCGCCACAUCCUCGUUGAUGCUCAUCACCAGCACCAUUGUUGUGUUUAUAGUGCCAAUUCUCGGCAUAAUAUCCCAGGGAUCUCAGGUGGUGCAACGGCCGCUACUAAACAAGCAGAUUUUGCCAACUGAACAAGGCAAAAUAUACAGUGUGAUGGGGGCUUUGGAGUCAGCGACGCAAACUAUAUCGUCCCCUCUCUACUCUCUACUAUACACCAAAACGGUAUCAGUGAUGCCAGAUGCCUGGCUGAUACCUGGGAUCUGUUUAGCCGUAAUACAGCUUAUAGCAUACAUACACACGAGGAGGCUAAAUAAGAACACACAGAAUAACGUAGCCCUCCCCAUACUAAACAAAGACUGCAAAGAAAAAGACGAAAAAUGUAACACAAUUGAAAUAAAUAGUGAAACAAAAUAA